AUGCUUGGUGGUGGUGGUGGUGGUGGUGGUGAUGUGUUGCUGGGGUUCCAGCGAUUAGUGGAGAAUUAUGCGGCAAGUAUCAUAAGCGAUUUUAACACAACAAAAAGCAGUGUAGGUCCGGGUUCUUCGCCACUGCAUGAACUUACAGACAAAUGCAGUGACGUUGCUGAAUUUUAUUCUGAUCCUAAAAAUUGGGAGUCCUUCACCUGCAUUUCUCGGCUCGAGGAGAGUGCUAUGCAUCCAUCGAAUACAGCAGUUUCCGACAUUAUUGAACGAAUUAACUUGGAGACUUCGAAACAGUUGCUUCAAGACCUUGAACGUUUCACGGAAAGUCUCCAAGCUAUCCAAGACGCCACAAUUAAUCGUAUCAUUCAAUUUCGGUAUCAUGAGUCUCUUCAAAGCAUUCCACUAGGCAGGCUUCGCUCCUGGACAUGUGACGUAAUGAGGGCCGCGCGUCGAAAUGUUGGCGAGGGUGAAUCGACGACAUACACAGCGGCGGCAAGGUGUGCUCGCCUUCGGAGGCGUCUUUCGCGUCUUUUCUCUCUCGCCCAAGUCGCUCAUGCCCUCACUCGGCGUCUCUCCGAAAUUCGGCAUCCUGAACUUGCCUGUCUGGAACAGGACCUCAUGCGCAUUCGCCUUCAGCUUACCCUGCGACUUAAGCAAAGUAGCCACCAAGUUGGAGCAAACGUUGACGUUGGAUCCCCUACCCUUUGUAAUGACGCUGACCAGUUUUUCAAACGGUUUGAAAACCUGGGUUCAAUGGUGGCCUCCAGUAUUAUCCAUGAAAAGGUUUACAAACGUCUUCAAAAUCUUGCCGAAAGCAUUUCCGAGUUACUCAUAGCUCUAUCACAGGAAACCACGGGUCUUUCUAAAAUAAUAAAAAUUGAUGAGCCGUUUAGUCGUGAGGAGUUGCAGGCACUCGUGGAACGCUCGCUCGGGUGUUUUUGCAAUUUCUACAUCACAUCGGUUGCACCAGACGUGAGUCCACAUUUGGAGGAUAACUUCUUGGCCCAGCUUUCUCGUUCUGACGAAGAAAUGGAGGAAAUAUCACAAUCCGACACAGAAUGCAUGAUGGAUGCAUUUGAUGUCUUUGAUUCCUUCAUUGAGCAAAAUGCUCAAUCUCAAUUACAAGGGAAGACUGCAGUGGAGACAAAAGGUGACAUCUUUACAUCCGCCUCCCUCCCUCCAUCUCCGACGGAUAUGGAUAUUGAAAGUAUUCCAGCAGAAGCCGAUAACUCUGUAGUGGAAGAUUUCCCUAAUGAGGUCGAACCCUCAGACGAACCCAUUGGGGAUCCUACGAUCAAUCUGCCAGUAAGUCUUGAAGAAAUUCCACCCACGCAGCCACCUUCCGGAGAGGUUGUCUUAGGUGAUAAUAAGGAGGCGGAGGAGUCGGAACAGGAGGAAGGUGAGAUAAUUGAUGACGACAACACACACCAAGAUGUGGAGCACAUGGAGGAAGGCGAAGAGGAUGACAGUGGAGGUGAUAUCGAUCAGACUGAAGAGGCCAUCAUGCGCGAAUGGGCUCCUGUGGCGGAAAGUAAAACUCGGACCAAGCUAGCUUAUACAAUGGCAGUACAGAAGGCAUUGAAUGACGCCAUGAAAUCGUGUCGGCGCGAACUCUCCGUGGUCGUUGCUCUAGGAGCUUUUAAUGGCAGUUCUGGACGGAGCUCUGUAGUGGAGACGCGAACCAGCACGCCUUCCGCCACUGCCACCGCUCCCACCGGAUCAGCAGAGCGCGGUAUUCGCAGCGCUGUGGCUCGCUCCCAACUGUCUAGCCGCCGCAGCGCUCCUGUGGCACCUCCCUCCUAUAGCCGGGCAGCGAUGCUGCAUAUCCGCGAAAAGAUCCAAUCUUCUCUGCUGCGCCAGAAGCAGAGCAAGCAGGUCUAUAGCGCUGGUGUGUACGGGACUAAGUGGCUGCUCAAUAAAGUGUCACGUGAUUGA